AUGCACGGCUACAGCUCCUCCGAAGAGUCCGACGACCCCAAGAGGCCGAGGCCUCCGCCCGCCUCUGCAACGAGCACCACCGACAAGAAGGUGAAAAAGAAGAAGAAGGUGCCGCCACAACAGUCGAUCAACCACAUUUGGAAGACGUUUCAGAAGCGCACCUUCAACAAGGCGCUGGCAAUACUUCCCUUCGACCCCGUGCCGCCACCUGUGAGCCCCGAAAGACCCAAUGAGCUCAUGAGCGCGGGCUACGAGAGAGCCGUCGAGGAGUGCCGCCGCAAGGUCAAAAAGAUCAUCAAGGAGUGCCGCAGGGUAAACCAGCGCUACAGGGACCCUGGCUGGGAUCUGGAUUGGGACCUCAAAUGGUACAAGGGACACUGCCUCAACAGGCUUGGUGCCACGGAUUGGUCGAUCAACAAGGCCACCCUCGCCGACAGCAGCGCCUCAGUGCCCAAGGCUGUGAAGCGAGUUCACGAGAUCUUCGAGAAGCCGACUUUCAUGAAGAAUGUCGACGGCAGGGACGUGCAGCAAGGCAGCAUCGGCAAUUGCUGGCUGAUCGCCAGUUUCACGGCCCUGGCCAAUGAGCCCGAGAGUCUACGGCGGAUCUGUGUGGAAUAUGACACACGUGUUGGCAUCUACGGCUUUGUCUUUUACAGAGACGGCGAGUGGGUCUACUCCAUCAUCGACGAUAAGCUUUAUCUCAAGUCACCCACCUGGGAUUCGAGGAGUAAACAGCGGGAGCUGCUCCAGCAGAUUGAUCGCGAAGACCAGGAGCGCGUGUACCGUCAAACGUACCAGACAGGAUCAAAAGCCCUCUACUUUGGCAAGUGUAUCGACCAGAAUGAAACCUGGGUCCCUCUUCUUGAGAAGGCUUACGCCAAAGCCCACGGCGACUAUGCUUCACUGGUGGGCGGCUGGAUCGGCGAGGCCUUGGAAGAUCUCUCUGGUGGCGUCACGGCGGAGAUUUUGACGUCUGAUAUUCUGGAUCUCGACAGCUUCUGGGACAAUGAAUUGUCCAAGGUGAACUCGGAAUUCAUGUUCGGCUGCUCUACGGGGUUGCUUGAAUGUGGAUAUGGUGAUCGUGUCGGUAUCUGUGAGGGUCAUGCCUACGUGAUCAUGGAGGCCAAAACAUUGUCAACAGGGACGCGGCUCGUUAAGCUUAGGAACCCGUGGGGCAAAAUUCGUAAAGGUAUCUGGGAGGGAGCCUGGUCCGAUGGUUCUCGGGACUGGACUCCUGAGAUCCAAGCAGAGCUCGGCCAUCAAUUCGGCAACGAUUCAGUCUUCUGGAUCUCUUACGAGGACUUCCUGAACAAGUUCCAGCAUUUCGACCGGACGCGGCUGUUCAACGACCCCAAGUGGAGGUGCUGUCAACGAUGGAUCGGCGUCGAUGUUCCCUGGAAGCCACAGUACAACGAGAAGUUCCAAGUCAAACUCACCAAGGACUCGCCAAUGGUCAUUUCCCUGUCCCAACUGGAUAACCGGUACUUCAAGGGACUCCACGGCCAAUACCGGUUUGAGCUUCACUUCCGCGUCCAUGAGCAGGGUCGACCAAACGCCGAGGACUACAUUGUCCGGUCUCACGGAAACUACUUGAUGAGCCGUUCCGUAUCGAUCGAGAUUCCUGACAUGCCAGCUGGCGACUACAGCAUUUUCAUUAGCGUCAAAGCUGAGCGCUACACGCAACUUGACUCUGUUGAGGACGUCGUUAAGCGCGAGUGCAAGCACCGCAGUGGUAACGCCAAGCUUGCACAGGUGGGCUACGCCUAUGACUUGGCCCACAGCAAGGCCGCGGCUCAUCUCGAGGAGGUCUCCCGCCUGCGCAAGGAGAAGGAACAGAAGAAGGCAUCCGCCCUGCGCAAAGAGGAGCGCCGGAAGCAGUGGGAGAGGCGCCGCCUCACACGUCAGGUCAAUAAGCAGCAGAAGGCCAAGAACCUCGAAAAGAAAGAACGCAAGGCCACGAAGGCCAAGGAAGAAGCAGAAGAGGGCGACGAUGAGGGCGGAGAUGAUCAGGCGGACGAGGCGACACAACAGGACCAGAAUGCCAAGGAUGCCCCGAAGGUCAUGACCCAGGAGAGACUUCCUGCUGAAGAUGAAAAGGCGACAACUCCACCACCUGCGCCGUCCAAGAAGGCUGCCAAAAAGAUCGAAGAAGUCUCGGACGGCGAUUCAUCGGAUUCCCCAAUUGAGGACCACGAGCUCUUGUACAGCGACGAUGACUUCGUGCGCAAGCCCAGGGCAAAACCCGCUGGACCUCCCUUGACCAAAGCCGAGAUCUACGAGUCUGAAGACGAGAAUGCACCUGACCCGUGGAAUGCCAUCUGCGUCAUCGGUGUUCGCGUCUACACAAUGGACGAGGAUCUCGAGCUGAAGGUGGUCCUAGAGGGUGGCAAUCUCGAGGAGGGCGGCAUGGGUAAGAAGGGCGGCGCCGACCUAGAUGACGCUCAAGUCAACGCUGGAGGAGAGCGCGACAACGAGGCUGAGCCGGAACCUGCGCCGGCUCCUUCGUCCGUCCAGGGAGAUGGUGAUGAUGACGACGCGCCCGAGAUCGCAGGUCAGACCAAGCCAGACGAUGACACAAAGUCGGAAAGGAGCUCUGGCAGUUCCGACUUUGACAAACUCGACUCUGGCACAAGCACUCCAGGUGUUCUGGUCACACCACAGCCGACACCGUCAGAAUCUGAGAAGGAGCUCUGCUAG